UCAGCGCGUGAAGUUGGCCGGAGCUGGCUCGGGCUUCUGUUACGCCAUUUCCGAGUCGUCUGUUAAUUAAUUUUAUAAUAAAUGUUAAAAAUGCUUAAAAAUACUAAACGGAAUAUCGAAAUUAAGGUAUUUGAUGUCGGAUCAUGAGCAAAAUUGUACGAAUAAUCAAACCCAAGCAGUUGGCGCUCUUUCUUCCAUCGAUAGUUGAAGAAACAUCGAUGUAUCGAUAGUAACAAUGAAGUUUUUCAACCUUCAGCAGCUUUACUUGAACUCCGCGGAAUUUUCGUUGCAAAUACUAUUUGCCAUUUUUACAGUGAAAAUAAAGUGCUUUGUUUUUCAAAAACUUAAUCUUUUCCACAGAAAAAAGAAGAUGUCGGAGAAUAGCUUCAACUCAAAGUAUUUGGACGAUGACGAUGAGGACGAUGCGAUUGCUGCCUCUGAGGGCAAAGUUUCGAGCCAGGUGGCCAAGCGCAUCUGGCAGCCAACCAUCGAUGAUACUACCCCUGGGGUCUGGGAGCCGCCCGAGAAGCCCUGCCCACUGGAGCGCUCUCUCUACGGCGACAACAGCAAGGAGAACGGCUCCGCCCAGUACUUCAAGGCGGCCGAGAAUUAUUCGCUGUUUGGCGCCAACUACAUGGGCUUGGAGGAGGACAAGAACAAAAAACCGCCGCCGGGCUUCGACCAAAGCUCCAGUCAGAUUGCGGCUGGAUCGGCCGGAGUAUCCGGCCAAAGCUACUCGGGGAGAUUAGCAGACGUACAUGGUUAUAUUUUAAUAUAUAUAUUUAAUUUUGUUUUUAAAACGUUUAUCAUAUUUCAGCUCUUUCUGCUGCACCUUGACGACAUCCUGCCGCAGACGUUGAAGCUACAGCCGCGCAACAAUAACCAGCCGACUGGCUGCUCCACAAUCAUUGUCAACCAAAAGAAUUGCCGACUGUUGGGUCACACCGAGGAUGCCCUGACGGAAUCCCUCAAUCAUUACUAUUUUGUUGACGCGCACAUCAUCAGCGACAAGCCGCAGGGCAAAUACAAUGUCAAGGAAGAGCACUUUAUGUCCCUGUGCUAUGCCGGACACUUGCCCGGCUACACCAUGAAUCAGAAUUAUCAUGGCCUGGUCUUCAGCAUCAAUACGAUCAGUGCGGAGCUGUUGCGCAGUGGCAAGACACCGAGACACUUCUUGACACGAGCCCUGCUGGCCACCAGCAAUGUGGACGAUGCUUUUAGGGUGCUCAAGGACGCAGGUGUGGGAGCAGCCGAUGCCUGCUCCAUUAACUUUACCUUCUUGGCCGAUCCCCGCCAGAUGUUCUAUAAUGUGGAGAUGGCGCCUUCGCCAGACCGUAAGAAUGAGUCGCUUUUGAACAUCAAGGAGAUACCCUUGGGCAAUCAUAACUACCAUGUGAAUCAAUUCGAUCGCAUACGCCAGGAUCUGGCCAACGCUCUGAUGGUCGACUCCAGCGUAUCGCGAAUGCAGGCGUUCGGCACCUACAAGCCGCCAUCGAGCGAGCAGGAUGUGCGCCAUAUGCUGGGCGAUGUCUCUGGGGAAAUGUAUUGCGUGUGGCGCGAGAAUGGCAGCUGUGAUGAGGUGGUCAAAACCAUUGCCGUUGGCAUUUUCGAUCUCACCGCUAGGACCAUGUCGCUCUAUUCGGACAAUCCCAGUCAGACGGAGCCUCACUGCAGGUUGCCUCUGCUCUUCAAGUAGCUUUAAUGCACACCCCCCCCACCCUUUGUUGGACACAGAU